GGAGUGGUCAACACCGAGGGUAUAUAAAGGGGGCAGCGGCAGCCGAUCGCGCGCAGCCUUGAACUUGAACUGAGAGCGAGAUGAAGGUCUUGGUGGUGGUGCUUACGGCCGUGGUGGUGGGAGCUGCGUCGGCGCCUCAGUAUGUCUAUAACUACGCCUUCAAUAUACCAAACACCGAUAUUUAUGACCCAAAGCCCGUUAAUACUGGAUUCCAUACACCUGCUGCCUAUGUCAGUCCUUUUGGUGUUCCGGUCAUUUUGCCAUACAACAGCCAGCCUCAAGUUGGUUACAUAGCUAACGUGAACACUGCCCAGGUUGUCCCACAGGUUCCAGGGACCCAGCCUUCUUUCAGCGCCCUCAGCCCCCUCCUGAAACAAGCCUCGGACACAGGCAAGAUCGUGUUCGACAGCGAGGCCUCCCCGGGUGUCCUGCAGUACAGUGUGUCCCAGGACUUCUCGGAGGGCGCCGAUAGCGUGUCCUCUCUCGCAGCCCAGUUGAACGCCAUCCCGGUAGCAGCUGUGCAUGACGUCCAGGCACCCCCGAGGUUCAGGCAAGGCGACGACGCGACUGACCCCGUCCUCUCCUUCCGCGACGUGGGUGGCGUCACGCAGUACAGACUCGAAAUCCCUACCCAGUAAUCUCCCUCUGAGUAACGUCUUGCUUUCUCAUUGGAUUGUUAUUGUUUUUGUUGUUGUUUGUUUGUCCCAUUUUUUUAGGGGGGGGGGGGUAAUGCCAAAAAUCGUGUAACCC